AUGAACUUGCCUAUUCCUACUGGCCCUCAUACAGAGCAUAACAUGUUCCACACUCGUUCUGAAGAUAUCUUAGCAAUUGCAUGGCACCCAUACGUCGAUCGUCUUGCAUUGGCUCACAAAGACAACACAGUCUAUAUUUACGAAAAAGACCCCGAAUCGCCCAAUUGGACAUGCACUUUAUUGAAGCACAAGUUUAUGAAUAACAUUACUUGUUUAGAGUGGAAACCUAAAGCAGGUGGAAUACUUGCUGUUGGAUGCAGACAUGGUGUGUGUGUGUGGGAUUUGUAUGCCAAGCGUGUUAAAGGCGCAGCAUCUGUUUCUACAAACUCCCAUCACGAAACAGUAAAUGUGGGUCUGCACCCUACUGCCUGGAUGAGCUACUUCCGUACCCCCGGUCAAGAUCAUAUCAGUUCUAUUGCAUGGGAUCCUUCGUUGAGCAGCAAUGUAUUUGUGGCAGCUUCAACCAGCACUAGUACUUUGGUUGCCUACGAUAUUGUCACACAUCUAGCCACACCUUUGAAGCGAUAUGGAAAAGGAAAUGUUUUGUUGCGCUGGAGUCCUGACGGCAACUGGCUUUACUCAGCAAGCAUGGCAGGUGCUUCGCGUCUAUGGAAUACCAAGACAUGGACAUGCACCAAAUUUUCCAACCCUCCUGGGUUGUGGGUAAAGAGUGCAUGCUGGAGCCCAGACAGCAAGAGUAUAUUAUACUCUAUGCGCGGUAAAAGAGAUCUUCACAUUUUAAGUCGACGCACCUCUGAUAAAGAUGUUGUUUGGGAUAUUUCAAAGGUUGAUGGUUAUCAGACUACAGUACAUGUUGGCGAACGUGUGGUGCCAAUAGGCAUCAUUCGUGAAAUCACUUUGGACCCUAAUAAUGCUGAACGACUGGCAGUUAUUUAUGAAGAUAGCGAUGUAGUGGGACUUUACAGUGUAUCGAGUGUGAACUCAUUGACAGGAAAGACCGGAACGGCUGUUACUCCCAUUGGUCUUGUUCGUGGAGCUGCUGUCAAUUCUAACGCUGUAGGACAAUUGGGAGCCAUUCCAAUGACUGGCGCUCGUCCUAUUCAUGCCGCUUUCUCUCCCAGUCGUAAACAGGGAGCAAUAUUGGCUGUAGUUUACGAUAACAACAUCAUUAGUUUCUUAUCCCACCAGUAUGUCAGUAAGCCAAGGAGUUAA